UGCGUUCGCCUUCCUUUGCGGUCGCUGCUUUUACUGAGAGGGCGCGCGCUUCUUUGCCUCUCCGUCUCCUUCCGCCGCCGGCGAGAUGUUCGAGGCUCGGCUCAUCCAGGGCUCCGUCCUGAAGAAGGUGCUGGAGGCCCUCAAGGACCUCAUCACCGAGGCCUGCUGGGACCUGGGCUCGGGCGGCAUCAGCCUCCAGAGCAUGGACUCCUCGCACGUCUCCCUGGUGCAGCUCACGCUCCGCUCCGAGGGCUUCGACACCUACCGCUGCGACCGGAACAUCGCCAUGGGGGUCAACCUCACCAGGUGAAGCGGGGCGGCCGAGCCCGGCCGGGGGAGAGAAGCGCCGCGCCUCCCUCCCUCCCUUCACGAGGAGGAUGGCGGCCGCGAAAAAGGCGGGAGUUUCCCUCACACAGGGGUUAGGGAGGCUUAGGCCGCUGCACUCCAGCCCCGCGCGCCAAAUCCUCUCAGGCGGCGGCGUCGCCGGUCGCGUGACGUGUAAUAGAAGCGUCCCGCCAUUUUUGACAUUGGCGGGAAAAGCGCGCGGGAGGGGGAGGGGUCUGCCUCUGUUAAAAGAAGGGGGGAGCCGUUUGGCGCGCGCUGGAAUCUCGGAGCCGAUUGGCUGUUCCGUUCUCUAGGUCUUUCCCUGAUUGGUUGAUGUGGCCUGUCGCGGGGUGUGGCUUGUUUCCCCCUCUAGUUAAUACAGGCGGGCGUAUCCUGCUGCUGCUCCUUGAAAAGGGAUUUGGCGGGACUUCGUGGUCCUUGAAUGGUCGCGAAUGAGGCCACCUUCUCCAGAAGGAGGCAGGCCUCUUCAUUGCCGGCAAUGAGGCUCGGGGCCCCUUAAAAUUUGACUGGCGCGUUUGCCAUACUUUUUUUCUCCUGCCCCUGAGUAGCACCCCCCCCCAUUGGCAGCACCUAAGCGGCCAAAUACAGUGGUACCUCAGGUUACAUACGCUUCAGGUUACUCUGCUAACGCAGAAAUAGUGCUUCAGGUUAAGAACUUUGCUUCAGGAUGAGAACAGAAAUCGUGCUCCGACGGUGCGCUGGCAGCAGGAGGCCCCGUUAGCUAAAGUGGUACCUCAGGUUAAGAACAGUUUCAGGUUAAGAACGGACCUCCAGAACGAAUUAGUUCUUAACCCGAGGUACCACUGUAUUCAAGUAGGUUUGCAUCUGCCUUGUUGGUGUUCCCUGUUUUACAAUGUAGAUGAAACAAAAAUCUGGCACAAAAGGCGUUUGCUAUUGAUUCAGAUACAUAUACAGUAAUGUAUACAUAUACACGCUCUUAACUGGGACGUCCUUGCCUGAUAUUCACACAAAUCUGAAAACGACCAUCUCAUAGUGCUUUAAUGCUUCUUGCUGGUGUUUUGGCGUGAGCAGUCAUUCCUUUCAUUCCCCUUUGUAAGAUCUUCAUCUGCUUCCAGUGGUGAUGCAUUCUUAAGAUGAUAAGAAUAUGUCCUUUUUUUCUUUCCUAGUAUGUCCAAAAUACUGAAGUGCGCAGGUAACGAUGAUAUCAUCACCCUGAGAGCAGAAGACAGUGCAGACACACUGGUUUUGGUGUUUGAGACACCAAGUAAGUAACUGAAACUUCACGGAUGCAAAAUAGCUAAGUUUUGAUCUGGAGAUAUUAUUUAUUUAGGGCAUUUGCCCAAAUCAGACUGCUCUUGAGUUGUCUUAUUGCUCAGGCUAAUGGGAAAUUGUGAUGUUUCUCUUUGCUUCUGAACACUUGGAGAGAGUGCCUCUGUCAGUUUGCAGUCAUGCAAAGUGAGAGAAAGAGACAAGAGACAUUAACAAAAUUGACUUGCAGAAUUGCUUUCUUACUUCCUGAGACAAUGUAAGCUGCUAAGUGCCCCACAAGAAAAUGAAGCAGGCUCUUAACAGCCAUCCCUGUCUCAGUGUCCAUGCAUGCAGAAUGAUCCCACAGAAACUUGUGCAAGUGUCUGCUGCAAAUAUGUUUUGUUCUAAAAUUUUAAUUCUGGAGCUGGCCAAUAAGAUGUAACUUCAGCUUCCUAGAAGCUCGUUAUCUUAUAACAAGGAUGGCUACUUGAUGAUUAUCUGAGCAGAUCGGUUGCCACUGCCAUAAAAUUCUUGCCUACAUGAACUACCUAAGCUACUUUAGGAUCACAGAUGAAGUGAUCAUAAUUUCUUGAAAAAGUAGAUUCCUGGCGCACCCGCACACACACACACACAAAAAACUUGUUAGAAUUGUCACCACUAUAGAAGCACCAGAAGCAAAAUCGACAUGAAUUCUGCUAGUAACACUAUAGAAGGAGCCUUGUGGUCUUGUCACUGGGUUUUACAUCAUAAUGUCUCUCCUUGGAAGGAAGGUUUUAAAAUAUUGUGGGGAAGGUUGGCCAGUAAGCACUUCCUGUAAAACUAUUUAGGCUGAGGAGAUCUCUUAAGUUAACUUCGUAAUUAUAUACUUGACUAAUACUCCCAUUUUCUCCUUAGAUCAGGAGAAGGUGUCUGACUAUGAAAUGAAAUUAAUGGACUUGGAUGUAGAACAGCUUGGAAUUCCAGUAAGUGCACUUUUAACAAAAUCAUUCCUUGCUACAGAACUACAUUGUUUUCCUAUUUAAGCAAGCAUUUGUUGAAUUACAUUAUUUCCAUCUUCAUGAAUAGUUUCCAUCUGAUUGCAUAAGAAAUUGUUAAACUGAAUUGAAGUAGACUUGCAAGGAGGGUUGAAGCAAGUGAUUCUUUUUUUUUCCAUAGGAAGGCACAUUUUUAUUGCUCAUCUGAUCUUAAUUAAUAACAGAACUAUUUAUAUUCUGCUUUAGUGAAUAUUUUGGUUUGAAUGGCUCCUGCAAACAUUGUGAAAAUGCUCUUCAAAGUAAGGCUCUGUGUUGCUCUUUCAGGAACAAGAGUACAGCUGUGUGGUGAAAAUGCCUUCUGGUGAAUUUGCUCGCAUCUGCAGAGAUCUUAGCCACAUUGGAGAUGCUGUUGUAAUCUCUUGUGCAAAAGACGGUGUUAAAUUUUCUGCUACUGGAGAGCUAGGAAGCGGAAAUAUAAAACUGUCACAAACCAGUGAUGUGGAUAAAGAGGAAGAAUCUGUAAGUUGGUGAAGUUUUAACUGCAGGUAGUAGAGAUGAUGUUAAUUGUCCUUUACUAUCUCUUCUCUCCCCUCCAUAAACUUGCAGAACAGUUUGCCUACCUUGCUUGUGAUAAAGCUGUUUCUAAUGCAGUUGUUAAGCAUGUUGGACUUCUAAAACAGUGUUCUAUAGAAUAUUUAAUUCAAAUUUAAUUUGUUGUAGGUUACAAUAGAGAUGAAUGAGGCAGUCCAGCUGACUUUUGCUUUGAGGUACUUGAACUUCUUCACCAAAGCCACACCAUUGUCUUCUACAGUCACCCUCAGUAUGUCUGCAGGCGUCCCACUAGGUAGCUAUCUCUGCAAACUAAUUUGGUUUUAAAUUUGGUUUCAAUUUAAAUCAAACUAACUUUGGUUUCUUGGUCUCUUGCAGUUGUUGAAUAUAAGAUAGCAGACAUGGGACAUUUGAAAUAUUAUUUGGCUCCAAAGAUUGAAGAUCAAGAAGAAUCUUAAGAAUUUGGUGGAAAGAAUCAGGGUUUUGUGAAAGAAGAACCUCUGCUGGAAGCCUGUUCACCAUUCCGUCUUGGUGCAUGGAAUUAUCAUAUAUGCACUUAGGUCCAAUUGUAGAUAUCUCUGUGUAAAUACUUUUUUCACUUGUUUUGAAAAUUCCUCUCUCUCCCUCCCCAUAUCUUUUAUACCUUGUUUUUAUAGCUAACCCUUUACUCCAGAAAAGGGAGUACAGUAUUUAAAAAGACAAGGAGGUUCUGUGGCAAUCUCUUCACAGUGAGGCUGCUGUUCGAUUUCUAAAAGUAAUAAUGAUAGGAGAAAUUGGAUUUUAAUUAUUUGUCUUGAAGCAGGAGUCCUUGGAGCUGAAAACUUGUCAAUAAAGAAUAUUCAGUUUGUUAACUUG